AUAUAUUCCCGGAGUGUUUUGAACUGUGACAGAAUUACAAUAAGACGGUAUAAUUCCUUUGAAGUAUGUAAACUAAAUCUCAGGGUGGAAUUACUUUACAACGCAGUGCAUAUUAUGACAAUUUAACCAAACUACUGUAAUUGUUAUAAUUUUAAACAUCGACUUUAAAUGUCAAAAUUUGUGGAUUCAUCUUUAAUUGUUGAAGAUUAUUCAGAUAAGAGAAAGUCUGAUGAAGCCAGAUGGAGAGAAGAUCUUACUGAACAUUUUAGAAAACUCGGCUUUCACAGAGAAGUUCCUACCCCUGAAUUGUUGAAGGAAGCUCAAGAUGUUUACCGGAGGUUGGACUGGGAACGGCCAGUUGAUGACGACGGGAACGUGCUACCCUCUCCCCCUAUGACAUCUAAAGAGGAUGUGCUGGACGAGGAAGCAUGUGCAGUUUUAGAUGAACACGCAAUUAAGACACCAUUUACAUACAUCAAUCAGCACAUUCGAUACUUAGUAAGUUAUCUCCUCCAACCAACAGACACAGAUGUAGACAAAGCCAGAGUCCUGACAAGAUGGCUUGCCCGAUGUUUGGAGGAUGACUAUGUACGCUAUUUACCAAGAACAGAAUGGACGACAGACGAUUCUACCGCAAGUUAUUUGUGGAAGCUUCGACGUCGGACAAUGGAUUACGACGAACUAUUCCAUGUACUUUGCGAACAUGCAGAUAUAAAAUUUGAGCUAGUAAGAGGUUGUGUACGUAACACGAUCAAUUAUGAGGUUGGCGCUGAUUUUAAAAAUCAACGAAAAACCUGGACUGCGGCCUUAUUAGAUGGUGAAUGGCGUCUGAUUGAUGUUCGCUGGAUAUGUGAAGCAGCUUAUGGCGUUACAAAGAACAAUUGGAGGCUGAUUGAAGACGAAAAAGGAAAAGUUAGCACAAAGCGCGCAAUGCAAGAAAAUAGAGGAACAUAUAAAACGCAUUGCCGAUUUCGUGAAUUUUACUUUUUAGCUGACCCAGAAAUAUUUGUUUUUGACCAUUUCCCAGAUGACGACAAAUGGCAGUUGUUGGCUCGAACUGUAACUUACGACGAGGCAAAAGAUUUACCAGCAAUAAGAUCUGACUUUUUUCAAGAAAAAUUGACCUUGAAAUCACAUCCAAAGUCAAAUGUAUCAAGUAAUGACGGACAAGUAACAUUCGAAAUCGGAUUUGACACUAGCAAGCGUAUGACUUUUGCUUACAAACUGUACAGGUCAAAAGGUUGUAGAGAGCAAGUGAUUCCGACAAGAAGCGCUUUAGAUAGAUUUGUUUUCUUGGAAAGAGACCUCGACGAAGGAGUUAUGAGAGCCGUUAUUCGAUUUCCAUUUCUAGGACAAUUUCUGUUUGAACUUCAUGGUAGUGAAAAGUCAGACACGCAUCAUGCAUUGCUUGUGACAUACUUCCUCACUUGCCAUGAUAUAAAGGAAGACUGUAAACCACUUCCACCAAAUAUUCGUGAAGAAUGGGGACCAGGGGAGGAUACGACAGAUAUGGGAAUGGUACCGUUAACUCAUCGUAAGGGUCAAAUCGAAGCUGAUGAUGGCGAUGCAGAAAUUAAAUUUUCAUUGGAUAGAGAACUUGAAUUCAAACAUGAUUUAGUGAAGGGCGAAGUGGAUGUACCUGUCACCGAAGGUCAUAUUCUCCAUACAAUUGAGAAUGGAGAAAUGUCCAUUAACGUGAGACUUCCGGAAGCAGGAGAGUACGCAUUAAAUGUAAUGGCAAAGGAAAAGAACAAGAAAACAAGAUUUGCUCCAGCCUGUAGUUAUCUUGUCAGCUGUCAGGACGACCCCCUUGAAUCUGACCCCUUUCCUGAUACGGAUGGAAAACAAUUAGGUCCAACUGCAACAUUUGCUCAAUUGGGAUUUUCUGAAGAUGACCCUUGGCCGUCCUUUGUUACUAAUCUUGUUACGGGAGAAUAUAAAAUGACUAUCAAACGAACAAGAAACAUACUGGUUGCCGCAUCGCUGGAACUGGAAGAGGGUGAUACAACAACAGAUUACCAUAACUAUGUCACAGUCGAUACAAAAGGAGAACUGGUUUUGAUUUGUGCCACUUUCCCAAAGAUGGGAACAUACACCUUAACUGUGUUUGCACGAAAUGCAGAUGCAGUUGACGAUUCUGAUUUAUUCUUGCCACUAUACGUCAAAGUCAUUGAAGUCGUGUUACCAACCUUGACCGGAACUCCAGUACCUACAACUGCACUGCUGCCAGUCUGGUGCCAUGGAUAUAGCAUAAAAGAACCUGAACACUGCUGUCUACCUUCCAAUGAAAAAGUGAUGAUAUCGAUUGCAAUUCCUGAAGCGAGCGUUGUCUUAGUUAAAGGUCACCCAGAAUGCAAGAUGAAGAAAAAUGAAAAUGGAUAUUGGGAGGGAUUACUUAAAACUGGGCCGCCGGGCAGUGUUAUAGAUAUCAUGGCAAAAGAAACAAACAGGGAUCAAGCAGAAAAGAUAGUAUCAUACGAAGUUGUGUCCAAGGAGGACUUGUUGCAAAUGGAAAUGAAACAAGAAGUCACAUUCAGAGAAGCAUUGAACCGACUAGAAUCUAAGGAAGCUGAAAAACAAAGCCGUAUAAUAACACGUUUGAAUCAGGCGGUGGAGGACAGAAACCGGCCAAAAUUGGAAAAGUGUCUUGCACGUGCUAAGGAAUUGAAUCCCAAGGGUGCUACUGUAGAUAUAACUCGUGCCGAGGUUCUCCUACGUGAACUUUUAGAUGAAGAAGGAAAACUCAUUGCUAGAAAAGAACUAAGAAAAGCUACCAGAAUAUCUGAUAUACCAUCUUUAGAGGCAGCUGUAAGAAAAUUCAAACAUUUGAAAAUGGUUGAGGAAGAUGGAGACUUUUCAGCAGCUGUUGAAGUAUUACGUAAUUUGUUAGAGAAAAAAGGUUCACCAAAAGGAACAUUGCGCUAUCCUCCACCAACACAUGAUGUUAAGAAAGAUGUAACCUUGCACACUACCACUGGUGAAAACCUUUUCCAUAGUAGAAAUACAGGUGGGGUACAUAUAUAUGUUUUACCUGACGGACAUGUGCAACAGCAAGAGCUCACUGGAGCAGAAACAAGUUUCCUGCACCACAGUAUGAGAUCCUUACACAAAGACACGACUCAGCUCACGUUCUCGGAAAUACCAGAAUCAAAGGGAGACGAUAGCUUCACCGGACCAUCGCAUCACUUUAGUGGACCUACGCUUGGAACGUCAACACCUAGAAAGCCACACAAAAGCAGCGCUAGAGUCCCAGAAUUAUUGAGGGAAGCACAGUUAAAAAGUAAAAUGGCACGACAGUUGGAUGAUGAACCUGAUCAAGACGAGGUUGAAGCUGCACUGGAUGAAAUAGAAAAAGAGGAACACAUUUCAAAAGACUGGGGAGGCCGUCGCAGCUGGAAAAACAGAACUAUGAAUGUUUUUAAGAAGUAUUGGCACAGUAUGAAGGAAAAGUCACAAGUCUCAGAGGAAACACUUAAUGAUGACAUUGAGAAAGAGAUUCAGAGGCUACGACAUAUUAAUACGAUGUGUCGAAAAAUGUCACAAGCCGCAAGGAAGAUUGGUCGAAAUUAUGGAACUCUAAUAAGCAGCGAGAAAUCGUUCCAUGAAUUACUCGGGGAUAUUCCGGACCUGAAUGAAAGUUUGGGAGAGGAACUAGCUAACACAUCUAUUACUCAACAAGACCUCAUAGGCGUAGAAGGAGUUAUGAAAGCUUCAUUUGAUGACUUUGCCAAAUCUAUUGACAAGCUUUGUACCCAUAUGGUAUCAAAGGCAGAAGUUGCAGCACGAGAUCUCGAAAAAGCCAGAAUUGACAUGGAAACAGAAGAAAUACUGUAUGGAAACCGAAGUAGUCCUAGUUUUGGAGGUUAUGGACAGCAAUCAAAGCAGAGUGCUAUUAGAACCUCAUUCUUUGCUCUUCGCAACAACAUCCUAGAAGACCUCCAGGAAACGAAUUCUGAAACGGAGGAAGAAAUAAGAAAAAAUCUGUCCGGUCUUCACAAGAAAAUGGCUGAAGUGCAGACGAGUAAGGGAAAUAACUCGCGGAAUGAACACGAUGUAUCAAUGGAUUUCCUGUCUUCAUGGAAAAUGUAAAUGAUUGUCGGUUGUGAUUCGACUUUUUGCAUAUCCAAAAUAUGAACAGUAUUAAGAAAUCAGUUAACGUUAGGUAUUAUUGUUUGAUUGUAUGAUUUAUUUAAUUUUUGAGUGGAACAGUUGAAAAUGACUUGUGAAGAGAUGGACUAGUCAUAAUUUAAAAGAAUAAUCGAGAAACAGGACAGUAACUAGAUAUGAUCAGAUAUUUGUUAAAAAUAUCGUUAACCGUUAAAACAGUCUAGGUUACGGCAAUUUUACUAUAGGUACACAAGUAGAGAGUAUUUUUAUAACGAGUAUAAGAUACUUUGUAAAAAUAAAGCGAUAGAGGACCUUUUAACAUAGAACAUGUACACUUUUUGGCACUGCACUAUUGGGGGAAAAAAAGUAAAAUAAGGGAUGAAUAUUUAAUAUAUCAACAAUCUUUUGAAGAUACUAUGUUGAUUCGUGAUGUAAAGUUUAAGUGCUUUUUAUUUUUCCAUACAUUAAACUUAAUAAUAAUGUUGUAAAAAUCUAAAAAAAAUGUCUUUUAGUGUUUAACUCUAUUUUCAAUCCAACUUAGCUCGAAGUUUUGUAAAUUUAAAUAUUUUUACCUCGAACAUUACUGGGGAGACUUGAUGUGUCAAAAUGCUCAGCUGUUGCAGUACAUUUUACCUUUUUAUGUUAUUUCAAUGUACACUGAGAUAUAUUUUACACAUACAACUUAGAAUUAUUUGCUUUAAAAAAAAUCAUUGUAAAUUUUCAAUUGCAAUGUUUUUAAAACGUUGUCGAAGCCCUUUCAACUCUUUUUUACUCAACUUAUAAGUCAGCAAUUCAGGUUCAGUAUCUUCAUAAAAUAAAGCAUCUGCAUUUUUUUAUUCUCUAAUAAACGGAUGAAAUUUGCAAAUAAGCAUGACCUAAAUCAUUAAAGGCUGCAUUUAAUUAAAUAUCUAGUUUUGCAUGCAUAAAAAACCGCUUAAUAUCUUUGUAUUGUUGCAAUUUAAGGCAUUUCUUCAUGUUCACUAUUUCCACCAAAUUGAAUACGAUUUCUGUAAGCAUUUCCAUCAGCAUAAUAAGUGCUAAAUUGUGUACAUAAUUGCAUUUCCGGCAGUUUAUGAGUGGUAGACAAAUUACAUUGUGUUUUAAUUAGUAUAUUAUUGUUGGUUUUAUUUUCUCAGAAUAUCAGGGUUUAGGUAUUAGUUGUUAUCAUCACUAUCCCAGUGACUAGUGAAUUAUCUGUGAUAUUUUGUUAUUAUUAUUGUUGAAAAUGUAUUGUACAAAUUUGUGUAAUUUGUGGUAUAUUCGUGUAUUUGUUAUAGUUUUUUGUUAGUUUGAACAUGUAUAUCACGUUAAGAAACAGUAGUCAAACACAUUGCCCAAGUUUAUUUAACAUGUUUAAGGUGGUACCAAACACUUUGACUAAAAUGAAUUUGGCUCGUUUAAUUUUCAUAAAAUUUUGACAAAAUAUUUACUUUGACCCUUUUACAAAAAUAUAAAAAUUUCAAAAAACUUGAACUACAAUUUCAUUGGAUAUAUAGCAGUUUGACAAACACUAAUUUUAAUCAUUGAGAAGCUUUAUAUUUUCUUUAACAAUAGAAUGUGAUGAAAACGUUCAGCUGAUUUUUACUGAGUUAUCUCCCUGUAGUGUUAUAUAACACCUAAAAACAUUGGUUGGAGUUGAAUUAGCAUUAGCAUAAUAUAUGGGUUUCAGGUAUGAUGAAAUAACACAUUUCACAUAAUAAACACAUUGUUUGAUUUAAUAUUUAAUAAAUUGAAUCAGUUUCA